CAGUGCAAGUCGCGAAAGAGAUCUUCAGCAAGCAAGUGAAUUAUUUCAGGAACAGAAUGUCGGCUGCUGUGACGACGGCGCCUCAGGACAGCGCAGGCUUCUGGAAGACGCGCUACACGAUGCUGCUGCUGAACACUCUUGGCCUGGCCAUCAGCUACGCGACGCGCGUCAACAUCUCGGUGGCAAUCGUCGACAUGGUCAAUGGGACAGCGCUGCGGGAGAGAGAGGCCGCUGAAGGGACCCAGCUGGUCCGCGACCCUGACUCCUGCCCGGGUGAGCUGGUGCUCGAGGGUCCUGGCGGGCGCAAGGAAGGGGAGUUCGUCUGGGACAUGUAUAUGCAAGGAGAGAUCCUCGCAGGCUUCUACUACGGUUAUACGGUAGGGCAUAUCCCAGGCGGCGUGCUUGCUGAUCGCUUCGGUGGUAAAGUCGUCCUGUUGUUCGGCAUUCUCGUCUCAUCUAUUCUGACUGUUCUGACACCACUGUCUGCGUGGGCUGGCUACUACGUUCUGUUUACCAACAGAGUCCUCCAGGGACUAGCUCAGGGUGGCAUAAUACCAGCUAUACAGACAACUGUUUGCACUUGGGCACCAGACCACGAAAGGAGCUUAUUUUCCAUUAUUUUUCUAGGGAUAUGUGUUGGAACCCUCGUAUCCAUGGCGGUGACGGGAAUUUUGUGCGAGACCAUCGGUGGCUGGCCGCUUUCCUUUUACUUUUUCGGAGGCGUCGGACUGCUGUGGUGCGUACCAUGGUUCUUCCAGGCUGCAGAUUCGCCGUCGCAGCACCCGUCCAUCGACCCAGCCGAACGUAACUACAUCAAGGCCACGAUACAGUCAGCUGCUAAGAAGAAGCUGCCUGUGCCGUGGAAGAGCAUUAUGUCAACGCCAGCUGUCUGGGCUCUCAUCGCUAUCAUGAUUACCUUCGACUGGAUCUUCUAUCUUCUCAUCACAUCGCUGCCGCAGUACAUCGCCCAAGUCUUGCACUUCGAUAUACGUAGUAAUGGGAUCAUAUCAGCCAUUCCUCACAUCACUGGUGGUGCUGGCAAUUUGAUAUUUGUGUGGUUCACUGGUUUCCUGCUCCGGAAAGGACGCGUGUCCAAAACCUGCACGUUCCGGAUUAUAAAUGGAUUAGGCACCCUGGUGCCCGCAGCCGCACUGGUCGUGGUGGCACUGAUGGGCUGCGACAGCACCGUCAUCAUCGUGAUGUUGGCGCUUAGUGGCUUCUUCAUCGCCACAGACUGCACGGGCUCCUACCUCAACAUGCAGGCCAUCGCGCCCAACUACGCGGGCACCAUCGUCGGGAUCGUCAACAUGUUCGCCAAUCUGACGGGCAUCGCCAUCCCUUACAUCGUUGGUGCAUUCACCAACACCAAUCCAACGCGUUCCGCUUGGAAUGCCGUCUUCUACCUGUCGUCUGCGGUGGCCGCCGUGUCGUACUUAAUAUACGCUGUGUUCACUACCGCUGACGAGCAGCCAUGGAACGUGCCACCCUCAGAAAGAGCACAGAAAGCAACCGCCAAUGAAGGUAUCGAGAACACAGCGUUUGACAAAGGCGUAACACCGAUGGCUGAUGGAGACAGGACGCAGAAAGGUCGUUGGAAAGCCAACGUACCUUAGAAUCCGUCCCUUGGACACUGGAACUCUGUGCGUCACUGUGGUCGAUGCAGCUACGCAACAUCGUCGUUGGUGCAGACAACACGAACUCUGUGGUCAUCAGCAAGGAGAGAAAAUGCUUACAGCACCGUGCGUACUGAGGAUCUCUUUCUGCCGCGCCACGCCAUCACCGUGACCAAGAGAGCAUCAGUUACCAUCACGACCAGCUAUAACCAUUGUAGUCGCCCUCGGCAAGGAACCACCAUCGAAAUUCUGCUAACAAUUUUUCUAAACUAAUUGUGUGCAGAAUUGUGAGUCGAGUGUCAGGAAGAGCACGAGCUCAUUUCUUCGCAAAUUUAAAUCCAAGUUCAUUCUCAAAUACAUGAUUUAUACCUUCACUAAA